CUACUGCGAGCGUCAGUCAAGUUCUUUUCUUUGAUUUCUGAUUCGUCUAGACGUAACUUGAAAAUGCUGCUGAAAUUGGUGAAUAUAAAUGGCUUGCAGCACCUGUUCGCCUGCACUGAGGGGCAGGAUGAUGAAACCCUAACUAUUCUCUUUCUCCAUCCUCGCGAGAAAUUGAGUUACUCCGAGACUUUGAUGAAACACGAUUACCAACAGCGUUUGAAAACGCUCAACGCGCGUGUGAAGUUUCCCGAGGAAUUGGUGCGCCUGGUCCUGGUCAACGAGGAUCCAUUGCAUGUCGAACAGCAUUUCCAGCACCCAUUGAACAUCCUCAAGCUUAAGUAUGCCAUGGCGAAUACUGAAGUUUCCCUCAAGUGGGAAUGGCACCUGAGACCCAUGGAUGCCGCACAGUUUUAUAGCCAAAUGUUCUUGAACACAAUGUCCACGGCUUCGGGACUGCGGGAUCAGAUACCCCUUCUGCUAGAUAUUAUCCAAGCCAAGGAUAAGGAGCUGAACCAGUAUCGCACCGAGGGAUGCCAGCUGCGCAGAGUUACCGUAGAAACUAAGCCCUUUGAUCUCGAUGCUUUUUUAAAUGAGCACAAGGAAUUGCUGGACUGUGCCGCUGCGUACCAGAAGGCGCAGAGUAUUUUUGUUGCUGAUAAGCCAUCGGACAAUUUGACACCGCUUUCUUCGCCAUGUGCAAGGGAUGUCGCGCCCCAUACUCCGUCAAACGGAUACUCUGCUUCUUGGAAGAUAUCAAGCCCAAAAAAAGCUCCUCGCAUUAGGAAGCGCAAGGCUCUUGAAAUUAAUACCAAUCAUAUGGAGCGCAAGGUGAUGCAGCGCCGCUCCAAUCCGCUUAUCGAGUACAGAAGCUCGCAAAGUUCCCAAGAGACAAACGCAAGUGAAAUCUUUCAAGUAGAGGACAAGAAGAACGAUCUCAGUGAUGGCAAAGAGCCAUCCACAUCAUCUGGGCUUUCCAAAGGCUGGUCGGCCAAACUAACCAAAUAUGAACUUGCAUCUCAGGAAGAGUAUGCUUAUUGUAAAGAUGAGGAUGAUUCUUCUAAAGAUGAGGAUGCUUCUUCUAAAGAUGCGGAUGCUUCUUCUAAAGAUGAGGAUGGUCCUGCUAAAGAUGAGGAUGCUUCUGCUAAAGAUGAGGAUGCUUUUUCUCAAGAUGAGGAUACUUCUUCUAAAGAUGAGGAUGCUUCUGCUAAAGAUGAGGAGAACACUAACGCUUCCAACGCUUACAAAUUCAUCAUAAAGAAGGUUGAAUCUAUUAAAGACUUUUGCGAUUGCCCAAAGGCAGUCAUUCAAGAUCACGAAGUCCGAAAGUCCGAGGGGAAUUUUGAUGUAACUCUUCAAAUUGAGCUGGAAGAGAUCAAAGCCGCACUGAUUUACUCAACUGGUCGCGUCGUAGAAGCGAUCAAUAAUUUAGAGAAAAAAUAAUUUGGAAACGAUCUCAUUCUAAGGGUGCUACAAGCAAAACUUUACCCUUAGUACAUACGUUUUUUAUUAUUUUUUUUUUUUUUUGAGAUAAAAACAAGUCCUCAGUGAUAAAAGGAUAAAAGACAUGAUUCCAUUUGUUGAUUAGGUAUUCGUACCUAAGCCCAUCGAACAGCAAUCAAAUGGAACAAAGCACUGUAUAGUGUUGUAGAUUUUAAUAAGACGUCUUACCAAAACACCCUCAGCACACAAACAAGUUGAGUUCCACUCCAUAGAAGCAGAAACUAACUGCUAUCUUUAUGGAACAUAUCGAAUGAUAUUAAUAUGUGCCAAAUUAUUGCCCGGGACUUUCGUGGUCACUUAUCGUCCGAUUAGUCACGGCUUUCCAACGGUUAUACCUCCUGAUCAAUGCAUUUCAUGUUAAAUGUUUAUUGUUUAUAUAUUUUUUUGAUUACUAAUAAAAUUUAUAAAAAAUAA